AUGUGGCAAUUGAUCGCAGAGAUAGAAGACAGGGUAAAAACAAAAGUUGAAGAAUUGAUAAUGAAAUCAAUGGAAGAAAUAAAGGCAUGUACAAGACAAGAAACCUCGAAGAUAGGGGCCCAAAUAAUUAGGAGCAAAUGUAAAGAAGACCAAGUGGAAAAGGAAAGAAGACACAGACAGGAAAUAGAAAGAUUAGAGAAGGAAAUUGGUAAAAGAGAACAAAGCAUAAAGGAAAAGGACAGAGUAAUUAAAGAGCUAAGUGAAAAAAUAAAAAAGGAGAAAGAAAGUAUGAAUGAGGUAGAAAAAGCUUCCACAAUGAUGGAAGAAAACGAGAUUGUUGUGCUUGUGGAGACAUGGGUAAUGGAAGAUAAGGUGGAAAUAACAUGUGAGAGGCUGAGCAAAGAAUUCAAAUGGUGGGCGAAGCCUGCGACGAGAGAGAAACAGAGAGGAAGAGCAAAGAGAGGUCAUAUUAUUGGGAUAAAAAAAAAUUGCAAACCAAAAUGGGAAGUCAGGGAAUGGAAAUACGGAAUGAUGUUGGAAGAAAGUAAGGAAAGUGAAAGUAUAAUCACAGUAGCAAGAGGAGAUGAAGGUGGAGAAAUAACUUACGUCGGGGGAGACGAAGAGAGUUUAGGAUCAGUAAUUGACCUAAUACUAACGCUGGACAGAGGCGAUGAGCAAGAAAUAGAGGUAAGAGUGGUGGAAAGAAUAGAGUCAGAUCAUCUACCAGUGUUGGCGAGAUAUAAGGUAAAGAGAAAUGAGGAAGAGAGUAAGGAAGGAAGCUGCAUGUCAGAGGAGGAAGAGCAGGAAGAAAUUGGAGCAAAUAAGCUGAUCUGGAAGAAAGAAAAAAUACAGGAGUAUGCAGAAGCAACGCAGGAAGCACUGACAGAAGCAGUAGAGGAAAAAAGCGAGCUUGAGUGGGAGGAUAUAAAGGAAAUAGUAAGAAAAGGGGCUGAAAAAACGGGGAUGGUGAUGAAAGGAAAGAAGGACAAAGAUACAAAGGAGAAAAAAAAGUGGUACAAUAUCGAGGGUAAAAAAAAAGAAAAGAAGUUCAGAGGAAGAAAGAAAAGAGCUGCAAGCAACAGCAUAAAAGCAAAACAAUGGGAAAAGCACUUUAGUGAUCUGCUGAAUGGGGAAGGCAAUGAAGAAUCGGAAGAAGAAGAAAAUGAGCCGUGGAAAGGAGAAGGUAGUAAUGAAGGAUCAGAGGAGCCGAAGCUCGAUAAAAACUUCAGCAGGAGAGAAGUGAAAGCCGCAAUAAGAAAGCUCGGGAAUCACAAAGCUCCAGGGGAAGACGGGAUGGCAGCAGAAUUUAUAAAGAACAGUGCACCAGAUGUCAUUGAAUGGAUAGGCGAAAUUAUAAAUAGAAUAUGGGACGAAGGAAGUAUGCCAGAAUGA